AUGACGCAGAGUGACGGUUCUCGGCAUAUGGACUAUGUGGCAGAUUUAACGGUUGUCUUUGCUGCUCCGCUUGAUAAUGUCAGUGAUAUUCGGGGCGGUGUCAAUAGGAUUCGGGGCGGUGUCAAUAGGAUUCGCGGCUCCAAACGACGAUUCGGUGCUGAGCCGCCUCCCGGUAGUCAGCCGCCUCCCGGUAGUAAUUAUCCACCUGAUCCUAACAGUGGUUAUCCCGGCAGCAACCCUCCUCCACCACCAUCUGGCAACCCUCCUCCACCAUCUGGCAACCCUCCUCCACCAUCUGGUAACCCUCCUCCACCAUCUGGUAACCCUCCUCCACCAUCUGGUAACCCUCCUCCACCAUCUGGCAACCCUCCUCCACCAUCUAGCAACCCUCCUCCCGGUUAUCCCGGACAAUGA